UUCUCCCAUUCAUCAUCAACUUUUUUUCUUUUCUUCUGCUUUCAUUUAAAUCCCUUUCUCUUCUUCUCUUUCUCUCAUUCUUCUUCUUCUUCUUCUUCUUCAUCUUCCAAACCCCACCAUGCCUCUUCACUCUCUCCCCGACGACAACCACCACGAUUUCGUCGCCGAGUUAACUCACCGCAUGGCUUGCUUCUUGCUUUCCGACGACGACACUCUCCAUUCGUCACGAGACUCCAUACAUGAAAGUGCAGAAGGUUGCUCUCAGGAACCAUCACCCUCUGCCGCCCCUGAAGAGCGUUCAUGGAAGAGCGGCUACGACAUGUUUGGGAAGCUUCAAAGCUUCAAUAUUGGACUCUAUUCUCAUCAAUCUCUCGUUCAGGAACAGAUUCGAGCCAUUGAACUGUCAGGGGUGAAGCAAGACCAGGUAGCCGUGUCCCCCAAACAGACACCCGCUCCGCAUCGGAAAAACCUAGGACAGACAUACGAGCCCAAGAAAGGAAACGUACGGAGGGCCCGCCCGCCGCGGCCAGGCCCACAACACGGUGCUGGCAUGCGGGCCUUGUUUCUUGACGGGCCCGGUUCUAGGGGUGGGACCGGCGUUUUCUUGCUGCGUGCAGGAGCCCCUACCCCGUCCGAAUCUACUAACAAGCAAGGCAAAGGUUGUUCCACAGUUCUUAUACCUGCCAGAGUUGUCCAGGCUCUGCAACUCCACUUCGACCAAAUGGCUGCCACGUCUGGGCCCAAAGCUGGUGCCUUUCAUCCUCUUCAUGAUGUUGUAGUGAGUGACAGGGAUGGCAUGUAUUCACUUCAGAAUCAUCAGUCACAGAAAGCAGCAACGAGUAUCCAGAAUGAAACGAUUCUGCCACAAGAGUGGGCAUAUUGAGGAUUGCAGAAGCGCGUGGAAUUAAUUUCCUAGUACUCCUCUUUCUACACAUACAUAUAGAAUAAUAUUAACAAUAAUAAAUAAAAAUAAUGUUUUGGCAGUUUUGGUGAAACUGAAACAAACAAAGAUAGGUAUGAAGAAGAAUAAAGCAGAAAAAGAAUUCCCAAACAACAGAUCUGAUCUGAUGAAUAUGCAGAGGGAAGAAUCUUGCACCCAGCAGAGUACGAGGAACAGGGAUGAAUAUACUGAUUUAAUAAUGUCUUGUUUUGUAUUUUGCUUGUCCAGGGUAUAAAGAAAUAUGUAAAAGUAUAAAUAAAAUCUAGCUCAGUCUCUUUGUAUGUAAAGGAAGCUAGACUCUGGAAUAUUAAACCUAUAUCAGAACAGAGGAUGUCUUUUAAAAUCCUUUGUAACAGUUCA